AUGGCACCCAAACGAAAAAACACACAAGACGAAGGGCCGUCCAAGGGGCAAUCCUCGCGCAGUCCGCCAGCAUCACCGGCAAACCCAGGUGCUCAAGGCAGGAAGCGACCAGCAUCUCCGACUCAGGAACCUGCCGCUAAGCGCCCGAAAAAGGCUGCGAAACCGAGAGAAUUCAAAGGCCGUCAAUGUGCCACUAUCAAGCCAAACGGAGAGCAAUGCCGGUUGAAGGAGUCUGCCACCGUCAAGGGUGAUCGUCCGGAAAUAUUCCUCUGCCGCCACCAUAGACCCAAGACGUCUAAUGAUGAAGGAAAUCAGCAGCCUCAGGAUGCUCCGCAACCUCAGCAGACUGAGACGGCUAACGUAGCCCAAGAUCAGCAACGUCCUGAUGAGAUGCAAACACAACAGCCAGCUCCUGUAACAGAUAAUCAGCAACCGAUUACCGCAACGAACGAUCAACAGGCGCCUGAAGUGCCAUCCAGUCAACAGGUGCCUACCUUCCCAGUCAGUCAGGACGCGCCGGUGCCAGUGGUUGCGAAUGCUGAAGAGAGCCAAUCUGGUACUGGGGCUCUUCCACCGGCACCUAAGAGAAAGCGUGCGAUUAAGAAGAAGCAGCCUCCGGAGCCAACAUUUGCCAGAACGGAGCCGAGCACAGAUUCGCUCCCAGACGACUUCAAUGCUUGCCAGUACCUGCGACAGGAGCUCGAUGCGAGCAAGAAGGCCGUCAGUGGCCCGGAUUCCAACAUGAAGGAUGCCAGUGACGGGGAAAACCCGCCGGUUGGCCCUCGACGUCUGGAACCACUCAGUCUAGACGACGUCUAUCUGGCUAUUUCAUCAGUGACGGCCGCCAUAACCCGCAUCCUGUCGCGGCGUCAGGGUUUCAGUUUCUUCAGAGGCGACCUCGCUGCCCCUACCGAUCCGCAGAACCCGCCAGGCGCAGUUGUCCUGCCGGAUCGCCCUCUCCUUUUGCCUUUUGAUAUGGACAACAACGGCCACGUUAUGCUUGUGACAACCCAGUACGAUGAGAGCGUCAUCACAAUCAACGUCAAUGAUCCAAUGGCGUGGGAUUGGACUCCAGCUAGACGAGAGGAGAUAUACGCAGUGUUACGAGAGUUCAUCGACCGUGUAGGAUGGCGACGGGCACAUCUGCAUGAUAACAAGGUGUCAUUCUCCUCUUAUGCCAAUUGGGCCAUCUUCAUCGAUCAGAUUGACCCUGCACUCACCAGUUACUGCACCAUCAUCAGUGCCUGGGCGAUGGCUCUGGGACUGGAACAAACCCGCAGGACAGACCCGUUCAGCCAGGAGGAGUACGACGACCUCAUUCGAGUCAUUGAGCUUGCUCGUGCUGGGCGUGCGGACUGGCGUCUCAUCUACGCCUUCCUCGUCUGUCGUCGUUUCGUGGAGCCGCACAGUGAAGUGCCUCUCAUGCGACGAUUUUCCCAUACCGAGCCGAUGCGCACUGAUAAGGAUCUUGAAGCUUUCCUGAAGGAGUUGGAGGCAGAUGACCAGGCGUACUGGAACGGUCUCAGUGAUACCGACAGGCAGAUCCACUUUGAGGUGGGACUGUUGCCCAGGGUCAGGAUAGAUAGGAAUUGGCCUCAUAAUACUUCCUGGAUUUGCGACAGCUGGGUUGGGCCUACCCGGGAGACCGCACGGCUGGAGAAUCUCUUUAACGCAGGGGUCUUUAACACGCUAUACGACGAUAUGGAAAUGUACGCCGCAUAUAGGAAGUUCAAGGCAAAGCAAAAAAGGAGGGAGGAAAGGGAGAAGGAAAGAAAAAAGAUGGAGGAAAGGGAGGAUGAGGAAAGUGAAGAUGAGGACGGAACUGAAAGCGGGGACUUUGACGAUGAUAGUGUCGAUGAUGACAGUAGUGGCGAUGACGGUCAAAGGACUGAAUCACCCUCCGAGGAAGAAGAGGAGGAAGCUCAGCCGCCUAGGCCAACUACCGCUGGAAAAGUUCCUCGCAAAGUUCCUCGAAAGAAGCCUGCUGCUGCGCCACAAGUAAAGUCUACUGAGACCGCUGACGUUGAUGGAGACACCACUGUGUCAAGAGAUUCCACUUCGCCGUCCGACGUUUCUGAACCAGUGUCGAAAACUUCUUCUAGCUUGAAGAAUGCUUCUCAUGGCUUGAAAUAUCCAAAAAAGAAACCAUAUCCUGCACCAAAUUGGGCAAACAGCGAUCCAUCGGGAUCGGGAAGUUCUCCAGGCGGGUCAGAGGAUGACGUGCUUCCAUCAAUCGAGGAUGAAGAAGCUGUUGAGGAGGCAGAUGACGCCUCCGAACAAGUCGAGUAUGGGGGGAUUGAUGAAGACGUAAAUGCCCUCUUUGAAUCAGACAAGGAUGGAGAAGUUGUUGAAGACAAAGAUAGCCUCUUUGACUAUGACGAAGAGGAAGAGAUUGUUAAAGGAGAGAAAGACGAGCAAGGAGAUCACGACGAAGACAACGAUGAAGGCGAAAUCGACGAAGGGCAGGAAAAGCCGGUCGAAGCAGCACUGGGCGAGGAUCAUUACAGUGACAGUGAAGACCCAGGAGAACUCGUCCAAUUCCCAAGCUUGAACGACCAAACACACCAAUUACUAAAACAGUUUCAAGCAACGCUUCCUUCAGGCGGAACCUAUGACAAUCUCGAGUCUGUCAUUAAUCAUGUUUGGAACUUCUUGGAUAACUCAGGAGAGCAAUUUGGCAUCAAUGAGGAUGACGAUGACUGGUGUCUGAAAUUCCGAAGGCGCUUCGAGUUCCUCCAAGCGAUAUGCGCCGAAUAUCCCUCGGCAAAUCCUAAAUUCUCCAAGAAUCAUAAGCUGGAACGCGACAGGUUUUUGAACGACGCGCAGAUUGAUAUGGCGAUUGGAUCUGUUAUUGGGGCCAUCAACGUUUUCCAACACCAACAUAUGCUUGCUGCAGGCGAGACUAGGUUCACCGGCGGCUUAGGGAUGGUGACGAGUGCUCCACUCAGUGAAGCUCUCCUCAAAUCCGAAAAGGAAUGGAACGGGCUGGGUGGGGUAGGCACCUUCGGUAGGGCUGCACACCCAAGGCGAUGCUUCUUGAUGCCCGUUAUCCUUGACAAGCAUCUUGCCGAAACCGUCAAGUUGCCUCCUAAGAAUGCGGGUCAUAUCUGUCUGUUUGUCCUUCAAGAAGAGACGCGCGAAGUAAAUGGGGAGAGUGGCAGGUUCUUCUGUGUGUACUGUCUCGACAGUGGAGCGUUUAUCUCCAGAGCAAAGUGGAGUGGGCAGCCAAAGUCACAGGCAGCGUUACUCUACGGCCUCAUACAGAAAGCUGCUCGGAAUCUGUCCUGGACGAGGCGAAACUCGCAUGCUAAAGAGGACACACAAUUCCUGAAGGACUACACCGAUGUCCCCGUUCUUCGGCAAGCUGAUGGCACAUCCUGCGGUCUCUUCACCGUCCUCAACGCCUGGAUUCUCGCCUUGGGACUGACGCCUAAUGCAAAACCAAAGGCCGAUGCCAGGCGGGUCGCCUCGAAAAUGCAACUCCUCGUCCUUUUGGCUUGGCGGGGCGCUCUGGAUUGGAAGACGCUCGUCGCCUUCCUGCUUUGCCACGGCCUCGUGACGCAGACGUCGAUGAGCCAGGUGCCCCUUGAUCGGAGAUUUGGAGCAACAAUGGCUCAGGAGGGACAGGCCGAGCUGAGCAGUUAUUAUAGCGAUGUAUUCGAGCAAGAUGAUGCGUUUUUGCAGCUUGAGAGCUUUGAGGACGUGCCGUACGAUUACAGUUGUAACGUCAAUUUCCCAGGUUCGGGCGGUCUGCAGCGAGGUUACGACGAUUUUGAAGAGUACACCGAUUCGGACGAGGACCGAUCUGGCAGCCGAACGGAUUGGAGAGGAAAGCAAGGAGAUGCGAUGGACUGGUUGGAUAGCGAGAGUUAUUUGGGAGGAGCGGAAGACCAGCUGGACUGGCUUGAUGAGUAUUGA